AUGAGUGUUCAACAAAGUGUGGAGCAAGUCCAGCAGCAACAAAGGAAGAAUAAAGGGGUGAUUAGACAACUGUAUGAACACAUGAAAGGGGAACAUCAAAAGCCAGAGUGGGACAACCUUAUGUUCAGCAAUGCUGCAAGACCCAAAGCUUACUUCACAAUGUGGAUCAUGCUGAAUCAAAGGCUGAUGACAGUAGAUAGGCUAGCUCAGUGGGGAAUUGAAGUAGAGAAGAUAUGUGUGAUGUGUAAAAGGGAAGAAGAAACUGCAGAGCACCUGUUUAUCCAAUGUAAUUAUGCAAGAAGAAUGUGGGAUAGAUUGUUAAGCUCAAUAGAGAGACAUACUCAAGUGCCAAUGACUUGGGAGCAACUUGUACAAUGGACCAUUAUGCAUGGGAAAGGGAAGAGGUCAGCUGCGAAAAUGUUCAAGACUGUGCUUGCUGAAGGAGUCUAUGGAUUGUGGAAAGAGAGAAAUAGUAGAAUCUUUGAACACAAGAGUAGAAAUGAGGAACAACUAGUUAACGAGAUAGUCUACAUUACUAUUGUUAGAACUAAUCAUUUGGCAGUUAAGUAG